AGAAAGAGAGAGAAAAAAGCAAGGACAUUUCUGUGUUCGGGUGUGUGCGCUUCCAUGUGCAUAAACACACACCACACACAGGCGGAGUUUACGCAUACAAAAAACUGAAGUGACAUUUUCAGUGCUGUUCAAGUGACUAGAAAAAUAUGGAGAAGAAAGUGAGGCAGCUGUGUCCUAUUUCUGAUCCAGACAUUACAUACUUUCUACAAAUAACUUGGUGCAAAGAUCUGGGUAUGGGUUUUCAUCUUAUGCUAAGUGAUGGCCAAUCAUCUUGGAUUGGAAGAGUGUCUGAAGAAGAGAUUUCCAGAGAGGCUGCUGACAUGGAAAUGAAACAAGAAAAGUAUGUAGAAGAACUUAAAAAAGUACUGUUGUUUGACCAGGAGUUCUCAGAUACAUACCGUUUUGAUAUUUCUAAAAAAGAAAUAAAUGGAGAAUCAAUUCAUUUUUCGUAUGAAAAGAAUUUGAAAGAAGUUACUUUUAGCCUUGGAUCAUUGAUAUUACAGAAAGUUACAAACUCAUCUGAAGUCAUUAGAGAGUUGAUUACCUAUUGCCUAGAUUGUGUAAAAGAACUACAUGCCAAAAAUGAUCAUCUACAAAAAGAGAAUGAAAGGCUUUUGAGUAAUCUGGAUGACAUCCAAGAGCAAUUACAAAAAUGUGUUGAAGCUAAAGAAGAACUGGAAACUGAUCUUUAUAAGCGAUUUGUCUUGGUCCUUAAUGAAAAGAAAGCAAAGAUAAGAAGUUUACAGAAACAUUUAAAAGAAGUUGAAGAAACAAUACCGGAAACUGCACAAGCAGGGGACACAGUAAUUGCUUCAAAAAGUACCAUUGAAAAAGAAAAUUAUGAAGGAAGCACUGAUGAAGAAAGUGAAAAUUUAAUACAACUGACAACCUCAGAGUCAAUCAAACCCAGAAGAGAUUCAUUACUUGGUAGUCCAGAUAUUACUGAUAUAGUUCCAAGUAGAAAAAGAAGACAACGGACUUCAAAAGAUGGAAAUACUAAACCAAAGGUGACACUACAAGAAGCCCAAACUACUUCAAAAGAAAAACUACAUUCCGCUCCAUCAAAACCGACAGAGAGGCAACUGACCUUGAAAAGGGCAGAAGAAGAGAAAAGCACAGAUGACCCCGAAGACCUCUUUGAUGAUAUCUGACUUUUCUGGAAGAAGGCUACAAUUUCACUACAAGCUGCUAAAAAUGCAGUCAAUUAUCUCUUCUAAAGAAACUGUUUUACAUGUGGCAGUGGAGGGAGUUAUUUGUACUCUAAAAUAAUAUUCAACUAGUGUUUUAUCUUUUGCUAAUAAAGGUUGUACCCAUGAA